CAAAAACACCUGCAGAGUAUGUGGCAUUUACGUAUAAAUAGCCGAGGCAACGCAAAAAAUUUAUCUCUUGAUCCAAGUUUGCCUUUAUACAAAAAAAAAAAAGAGAGAAGAAAGAACACCAAAUCCUUAUUAAUUUCAACGACGCGUUGUAUAUACAAUUAGUACGAUAUGCCUUCUUCAUAGCAUAUCAGAGUAACAUACCGUUGUUUACACGCACCGGCGAUAUCAACAGAAAGAUUAUUGCACGUGUUAAACAAUUUGUGUAAAUUAGGCCAUUGUUCGUAAGAACGAUUGAUCUACUUGUAACAUGUUUACCGCUGCAGUUUCGAAUGAAAAGUCUGUUCGCUACAGUUUCACGUGACUCGCGCGUUUUUCAUCGAGGUACCUUGUUGCAACAGUCUAAGGAUGAAUUACUAAAAACGCUCGUCGGCGUUUUUGGUAAAGAGCAUUGACGCAAUUGCAAAAGAGAAAAGGGAAGGAAAAGCAAACAUGAUUCCGAUAUCAAAGUGCCAGACGAAUGUACCAGCGAAGACCGAACAGCUAUCUUAUCUAUCUACUUUCCGCUGCUGCUGCGACGAUACACUGUGAUACACUUGUGAUAGAUACUCGACGACGAAUCCUGCAGAUUAGAUGUCACCGAUUGCUUUCGCUGUGUGAGAUGCGGUCGCACUCGUGAACUUCGGGCAAACAACUCGUCGUUUAACACCGCCGCGAAACAAAUACGCUCGCGAGCACGAUAAUCACCGGUUCAAACAACACCGCGCGGUCAGCGCGGUUCCGCGCUUGUUCCGCGCCGGCAAUUUCUGCAAAUUUCUGAUCUUCCUAUUCGGUUUCACAACGAUUGAUCGUUAAAGAUAGCGACCGCGAGCCGGCCUCGCAACGAAGAUGAUGAGUAUCCUCUUAUCGGAGCAAUGUAUCACGCGUGUCGAUAAAAGAAUAUCAUCGACGAGCUGACCUGCUAACAUUCCGAUCGCGGUCUGGACCUUUCAACGGUGAUAAACGUUAACGUUAACGGCUCCGGUCGCGCGGUUGAGUCUGCCACGAUCGUAGGCGCGAAGCAUCGACGACGACCACGACGAUAUCAUAAUCGUCCAGAAGCGAAGAUAAGAUUUGCAACAGUCAUCGCCAUUACCGCGGCGCGCACCGCCGCGAUCGCCGCUGCUGCUGCUGUCGUCGCCGCGACUGCAAAGAGUCCAACAGGGUCCGGGAGCGAUGUGUCACUGAAUUUUGAAUCAUUGUCCGCCGAGUGCGAACGGGCUUGUGUGCAGCACGCUUCUCUUCCUUCAUUCAUCGAUUCGCCGGCGAACGGGAGACUCCGCGAGAUGACGCAGAAAAGGGAAAAUACGAAGCUCGUGAAGAUCGAGCUGAAGAGGGAGCUGGGACUUUUCAGCGCGGUCAGCAUUAUCCUGGCGGUGAUGAUCGGUUCUGGGAUCUUCGUAUCGCCAACCAGCGCCCUUGAGCGCUCCGGUUCCGUGGGAUUUUGUCUGAUCGUCUGGGUCAGCUGCGGUGUGCUGUCCCUAUUGGGCGCGUUGGCCUUCGCCGAGCUGAGUACCGUAGUGCCGCGUUCCGGCGCAGAGUACGCAUACUUCAUCGAGGCCUUUGGGCCUCUGCACGCUUACGCCGGCCAGAUACCGGCGUUCACAUGCUCCUGGAUCUACGUGAUGCUGCUGCGACCGGCGGAAGUGGCGGUCAUUAUACUGACAUUCGCGGAGUACAGCGUGCAGCCGUUCACCGGGUUCCUCGGUGACCUACCCCCCGGGUCCAUGGCGACGCUGAAGAAGCUCAUAGCGAUCAUGGCACUGGGCGUAAUCACGUAUAUCAAUCUCACUAGCGUGAAGCUCUAUGUGAAGGUGCAGAACGUAUUCACCAUAUGCAAAGUGUUCGCCUGCAUAGUGGUGAUAGCUGGUGGGAUAUGGUGGCUGAGUACCGGCCAUACGCAGCUACUCGAGGAUCCCUUCCGCGGCACCACCACGUCGAUCGGCAACGUGGCAUUGGCUUUCUACAGCGGUCUCUGGGCAUACGACGGAUGGACCUCGGCCUCGAUCGUCACCGAGGAAAUCAAGAAGCCUGAGAUUAACAUACGCAGGAGCAUCCUCAUCGCGGUGCCUACCAUCACCGUUCUCUAUGUGUCGAUGAACUUGAUGUACAUGGCGGUGUUAACAACACCGGAGAUGGUGAGCGCACCGGCGGUGGCUGUUCUAUGGGCGAAUCGGAUUCUACCAGCUUGGAUGGGCUUCCUGAUACCGCUCGGCGUAGCGCUGUCAACUUUCGGAUGCGCCCUUAGCGUGCAAUUCGGUGUGUCAAGGCUCUGUUUCGUUGCGGGAAGAGAGGGCCACGUGCCGCGUGUCUUCAGUUACGUGCACAUUAAGAAAAUGACGCCGGCUGCGGCCGUGGGUUUUCAGGGCAUGCUCACGUUCGUCUGUCUGCUGGUGGGCAACAUAAUCGAACUCAUAGAGUUCGCCAGUUUCCUCACGUGGGUGUUCUACGGAUUAGCGAUGGUAUCGCUGAUAAUCAUGCGACGAACAAAACCUAACGCCCACAGACCGUAUUCUGUGCCCAUCGUGAUACCUUGGCUGGUGCUAUGCAUCUCCAUCUUCCUCGCGGUAUUACCGAUAGUCUAUGAACCGUCGGUCAAGUAUCUCUUUGCGCUCCUAUUCAUCCUAUGUGGUAUCGUCGUUUAUCACAUCUACGUGUACAAGAAGACCACAAGUACUUUAGCAGCCAAAUUAACAUACUUCGUGCAAGCAUUGUGCCUAGUCGUCGCGCCAGACAAAGGAGACUAAUCAGAUAUUCACCAUCGAUGUACAUAAGUAAUAAUGUUUGCUCAUGUAAUACUCGAAGAUACUCGUUGUUCGAACUAGAUAUUUUGUCGUUCGCCAAGAAAUCACACUGUGUGUGUGUGUGUGUGUUUUCUAUAGUUAUUUCCUUCAUUACCCGAAAUGUGCCUUGACGAACCUGAAUCUUUAUACGACAGGAGUGAGCAGAAUUAACAAUAUUCCCUAUGCUAUGCUAAGAAAAAUGCUUGCAUAGAUAUUUAUAUAUUUUCAGAAUUAAUUAAAGUGUUUUACACAAAGUGUAUAUCGAUACAAUUGAUAGAAUGUUCUCAUACAAGAUGUAAAUGCUUAGGAAAAUAACAUUUUGUUAUUAUAUUUGUUACGAUAGUGCGCAAUAUUUUGUAAUAUCUAUAUUUACUUUAUAUAUGAACAUGUAGAUAUAAUAAAUAUCGACGAUAGAA